AUGUUCGAUCUACUGCGCCAACUGCGUGAUCAGCGGGCCAUGGCCGUGCAAAACGAGCGCCAGCUCAUGCUCGUCUACCUGUGCUGUCUGGAGUAUAUCACGAGAAAGGGCUCCGUUGAUGAGCACGAGACUCGGGACGGCAUGGACAAGUCGAUCCUCAUGUUGUGCGAGUUGGUCGAGCAGAACAAGCCCAAGUGCACCAAGUACUGCCCGGAUGAGGCCGGCCAGGAGAUGACCUUCCAAACCGCCGACCAGGGCCCAAUCACCGUGCGCUGCGAGCAGGACGCCGAUUUCAAGUUCCGCAAGGAGACGAAGGCGAAGAUUCGCGUGCGCACGCUCAAGGUCAACGGCCUCGGGCUCGAGGAGCCACUCACCGUCCGGCAUUACCAUUGGAACCAUUGGCCGGAUCGUGGCGCCCCUCCGCCCGACCAUUCCCCGAUGGAACUGCUCGCCAAAGUCAGCCAAAGCUCCACCCCAAUCGUCGUCCACUGCUCGGCGGGCAUCGGCCGCACCGGCUCGAUCGUCAUGCUGCAGGCCAUCGUCGAGAAGAUCAGCGCCGGCGAGAAGUUCGAGGUCGAGGACCUGCUCAAAGAGUGCCGCGAGAGCCGCGCCUCCCUCGUCCAGACGCCGGCCCAGUACUACUACAUCCACGAAGUGCUCCUCAACUACUAUUAUGCGCGCCUCGGCAAGUAUGUGGCGAGCUUCGAGCCGUCGCUGGCCAAAUACACGGUCGAGUACUACAAGGCCCUCGACGAGACCACCAACAACAAA